AUGUCAUCAAGUCCUUGGGACGCUUACUCACAGCACACAGGACUCCCUUCCUCUCUUGAACCCUAUGGGCAUCCCUUUUCUGCAGAUAUGAGAAGUCUUGCUGGAGGCUCUGCAGCUUCAGGAAUGAGUGGAUUAGGUGGAGAGGGAGUGUUAGGAUAUCCGAAAUCUAGUGACCUUUCAGCAAAUCUGAAUUUAGCUUCACAGUAUGCUGCUUAUGGCCAGUCUUAUGGAAUGCCAGAUUUAGGCUUUCCAGGAUCUUCACUUAGGCCCAGCUCUACUGCCCAUUCACCUGGAGCUGCUGCAGAAAAUAUACCUGCUUCAUCUCCACAUGGUCAGUAUUCUGGUACCCCUACUUCAGAACAAUCAUCCUCACCCACAUUUCCAAAUUCUUCAACCUCAUUGUACACUCCAAGUACCAUAACCAGUAGUAUUUCUUCAAGCCCUUAUGCACAAGCAUUUGGAAGUACCAGCAGUUCUACAGAAGCACGAGGCCCCCCUUUUUCACCAUUUGCCCAGUCAUACGGUUAUCCUAUGUAUGGUUACAACCAGGUUGGUGGAUUUCCAACCUCCAAUUCAUUGGAUGGAGUCAAUCGAUACAUGGGGGGCAUUUCUUCAUCACAGCUUAUGCAGUCGUCUGCCAUGGGUCUUUACUCAAAUAGUCAGGCCAGUCAGAUGCCUUUCCCUUAUCAUCCAUCAAUGGGUUGGGGACCCACAAUACCAGGAUUUCCUCUUAAAGAAAGCACUGACUUGAUGUCUCAGGAGGAACUAGAUCGAUACAGAUACAGGCAGUUGUCGAAUCCCUAUUUUCCAGGCCUGCCACCUGGUGGACCCCCUGGGAGAAAUUUUCCAUCACACCCCUUGCAGUCAGGGAUGAUGCGCACUCCGCCAUUUCUUGAUGAUCGAGUGCACAGCCCAGCACCAAAGAAACCUAAGAAAUCCACAGAAGAAGCCGAAAGACCACCAACACCAGCACCCAGAGAUCCUGCCUCUUUUCACUCUAAUCGAGGUAUCUACCUGUUUACUUCAAAUCCAGAGCCCGGAAGUCCAAACUACUUCAGUGACAGAUACAUGAUGUUUGAAAAAGAAUUGUGUGAGAAACUUUCUCGGGUUAGCCUUCCAGGGAAAAUUCAGUAUGUCUACAAUCCUUUGGAGUAUGCUUUUGACUCCCAUUUAAAUUUUGUCAGAAGAUUUUGCACUGGGGAAAAGUAUAUUCUAUUUGUUGGAAUGAAUCCAGGGCCUUUUGGUAUGUCCCAGAAUGGUGUACCAUUUGGUGAAUGUGCUAUUGUAAAGGAAUGGCUUCAGAUUGAAGGUGAGGUCUUAAAGCCAGUUUUAGAGCAUCCAAAAAGACGGGUAGUUGGCUUAGAAUGUUCCAGGUCGGAGGUAACAGGUGGACGAUUCUGGCAACUUUUUCGAACACUGUGUCACACACCUGAACAUUUCUUCAGAACGAGCUAUGUACACAAUUUGUGUCCUUUUGCCUUUCUGACUGACAGUGGUAAAAAUGUUACGCCUCCACAGUUAACAUCAUCUGUUCUGGAUCAGAUAAAUGCAUUGUGCAAUGCAACGCUUGUAGAUGUUGUUCGGCUUCUGAAGUGCAAAUAUGUUGUAUGCAUUGGUAAAUAUGCACUUGCUCAGGCGCAGAAGGCUUUGUCUGCAGAUGAAUUUAACGGGAUCACCUUAGAAUGUUUGAUGCAUCCCAGUCCCAUUAACCCAGCAGCAAACAAAGGCUGGGCUGAUAUUGCCAUUAAACAGUUAACUGAAAUCGGCAUCAUUGACAUCAUACGAUAUGGCAGGAUACCUUAUCAGGCACCCAGCCAACAGCAGUCUCUGCCACAUUCAUCUUCAUCAUCUUCUGCUGGUCAUCACUCCCAUCAUCACCAUUCGUACCACAAUAAGCAAUCUCCUGGUCACUAUGGUUUUCAGUCUCCACCAAUGCAGUCAUAUCACCAGUCUCCAGCUCAAGGAUCAAACAACCACCAGUCUCCAGCUCAUGCUGCUUCUCACCAGUCUCCUGCCCAGGCUUCCUCACGUAGCUCUCCAGCCCAUGCUAGCCAGUCACGUAAUCAAGCAUCUCCUGCGCAUUCGUCUUGCAGUCAGUCACCAGCCCAGCAACAGUCACAGGGCCCACCCAACCAGUCCCCUGAACAUGUUUUAGGUUCGUCUGCACAGUCCUUAGUGGAUCAGAAUAAAGAAAGUAAACAUCCAAGCAAAGAUAAAAAAUCUGAUAAGAAUAGUUCUAAAGACUCUCUGUUAGAUGCAUCUUCUAACUCUGACAAAUCACAAGACAGCCAGGGUUUGCCACAGUUGAACAACAAUGGUAUUCCUAAUUAUUCUAGCGACUCAGGUGGACAGGGUCAUGAGAAUGGUUUACCCAAUUCUCAGAGUGAAUCGGGAUCACAGGGUUCAGAAGUCUCUAAAGGAAGUUCCCCCAAUUCACAAUAUACAUCAGGAAAUCCAGGAAAUUCAUCAGAGCCUCAACUAAUGGGACAUAACUCUCAGCUGUCCAGCAGUGGUCUCAUGAGCUCAGCGAAUCCUCAAAUGCAUAUUUCAAUGGGUUCUGGUCAUCCACACAUGGGUAUGGGCCUGUCAAUGACCUCUUCUCCGGGUUUGCAUGGCUCUUCAUCAGAACAACACAGUUCACUGUCGGGUCAACAGAUCGGCUCACCACAGAUGAGCACUUCAAAUUCACACAUGGGGUCUCAAAAUUCCCAUAUGGGUUCCAUCAAUUCUCACAUGGGAUCCUCAAUGGCCCAUAUGAUGGGCGCACAGAGUUCUCAUCAAAUGACUAUGGGAGUUCAGAGUAUGGGUUCACAUGGUCAGAUGAGUUCAAUGAAUCCUUAUGCACCGCAACAUAUGGAUAUGCCUCAAAUGAGUGGCUAUGGAAUGGGUCUUGGUGGAUACCCAGGCAAUCCAGGAAUGAGAUCCAGCUCAGACCUCUCUGGCUAUCCUCCUCAUAUGGGUAUGAAUUCUGGAAUGGGGAUGUCCGGAAUGGUUGGCAUGCAUGGGGGCCCAAUGGCCUCUCAGAUGGGAAUGUUCAACCCACAUAUGAGCAGAAUGAUGGCUGGCCCUGAGCAUAUGAGUAUGCAUGCUGGCAUGAACUCAAUGUAUGACAGCAGCCUGAUGGGAAAAGAUAUUGGAUACUCUAGCCAUUACUCUGACAAGCCACCUGAAUGCAGUUAGUAAUGGAAAAUAAACAUUUCUGCUUGAGAAGCACUUUAAAGAACAAAAAGGCAAGAGAACCAUUUCCUUUAGGUACAGCUGUGCAAGAAGAACAACGUUUCUAUAGCUCUGAACAUUGAUCUAGAGGUAAUUAAUUCAAGAUCUUUUGUUAUAAUUGGCUGGAUGGUUUCACGCCUCAUUAUACAAGGAAAAUUAUAUAAAAUAUAUAUUCUAUAUAUAUAUAUUGUAGAUUUGCUAACCUUGAUAGAAUUUAUAACCAUUUAAAAAUGAAAACCAUUAUUAAAAAAAAAUCUUUAACAAUGCUGUAUCUAUUAAUAAUGUAUUAGGGAUGAUAGCUCUAGAAUGUAUAAUUACCAUUUUUUAUUAUUGUAUAUAUUGUACAAUGUUGAAAAAAAUUGAGAUGUAUUUUUAUAGACCCAUGUAAAGAAAGUGUAAUUUUUUAAAACUACUUUAGCUUUUAAAAAUAAUUCUUUUAGAAAAAAAAAAUUGAGCUCAUUGCCAUCAUGUGUUUUUAAAUGUGUGAAGCUUUAAUUUUGAUUUUUUUUUCUUUUCUUUUUUUUUUUUUUUUAUUCAAGUUGAUUUUUACUACUUUUAAUUUGCAGUUCUAUUUAGUCCAAGGGUAGAUAAAGAGUUUGAAAUCUUUGAUAUCGCUUGUUUGAAACAUAGAAUCUGUGUUUGGUUUUCAAUAGUCUUUACAGAAAGAUUUCCUUGCUUGAACUUGGCUGUGUCUUGAGAGACAGAAGUAUUGACUGCCAGUAUUUUCUGCACAUUGAAUACAUUCAAAUUGAUUCUUUAAAUUUCCCUUUCAUGUCAUUUAUACAAAAUAAAUAAAAUCCAAUUCCCUCCCCUAACCUUCUAUCCAGAAAAUUGAUUUUAUUUAUUUUUUUAUUAUUUAUGCUAAACCUUUUGUUUACUUUAAAAAAAAAAAGUGUGUGUGUACUUUGAUCCACUGUUAAUAACUUACUACUAAACAAUGUUAGAUUUAAAAUCUAGGAGUUCCUUGUAGAUAUUCAGUUUGUCUUGAUCUAUUUCCACACCAUUGUUUUACAUUAUUUGAAUUGAUUGCAUUACUCUGGGACAAUAUGUAUUUGUACAAAUCUGAAUCGUACCAUUGUUGUAUUUUUGUGAACUUAUUAACCUUGUUUGCUGUUGUUCUCAUCUCAUAACUCCCAACGCUAUCACCUGCGUAUUAUUUCCAUGUACACAUUAUUUCAAAUGACCUUUUAUGAAUCUCAGUUCUAAUGAUUUGAAUGAAUUCACUAAGUUCAUGUUAUGAAUGUCAAUUUCUUUAUAUAUAUAUACAUAUAUAUAUAUAUAUAAUAUAUAUAUAUACACACACAAUAAUUGUCAUUUCUACAAAUUGCUACUGUCUCAUUAAAUGUUUAUUACAUUGUAUUUGAUGGUGUGUUAUUUGUGUGACCUUUAACCUUUUUUGUGCUAAUGAUUAAAAAAAACAACAUUGGGAUGUUAAUAUUCACUCAGUAUCAUGCUAAUAAGUAAAUCCUUGAUAUUUUUUUAGUAACAAAAUACCAUCAUCUCUUUCUACGACAUUUCAGUACUAGUACUAAAGAGUAGAAAUGAACAAUUGGAAUUAUUAUUCUAUUAGUAAACUUUGGGUCUGACUCUCUAGCCUACCUUAAUUUAUUGGAUAAGAUCAUACUUUUGGCUUCUGGCAUUGACUAGGUAUUAAGGUAGUUUGUCUGUUUUACAUUUUUUUUAAUGAUUAUUAAAAGGAAAUAUGUGAAGAACUAUUUUUCCUAUUCUAUUAUGAUCUGACUGAUGUGUAUCUUUGGUUACUCAGGAUGAUGCUUUUAUUCUGUAUCAGUUGUUAUUAAAAUGCUGGUUCACUUGUUAGAAGUAACAGCUGCUAAUUAAUUAUACAAACAGCUAGUGCUUACUGGAAGCUAUGGAGAAAAUCAUUUAUAGGUCACAUGAUUAACAUUGAAAUCAUCACCACUUUUUUUUUAACUUGUAAUGUAGAGUAGUCUCAACCACACUGAUGAUGUCUUUUUUUUUUAAAAAAAAAAAAAUCUCUUUAAUUAUUUACAGUUAGUGAUAUUUAUAUUUAUAAACAAAAAAAAAAAAAACCACAUUCAUUUCUCAUUAUAUGCAUUUGAAAUGGCCAUUGUAGCACACAAGGUUGAAAUAUAUUGCUGGACGUGAACAUUUGUUGUAAAUCUUUGGAUCUGUUGACCAUUAGUUUAGGGAGUAGACUUGGGUCCUAAAGGUAAUAAUUUUUUUGAUAGGUCAGAUAACCAAAAUUUUAGAUUAUGUAUUUCUCCAAAAAAAAAAAAAAAAAAAAGAA